AUGAAACAGCGAGCAGUUACGAUUCGGUAGGGAAACCGGCUGGUGGAAGAGUUUGUUGUGUUUUAUCCUUUGCAGCUGGUGGUCGUUCAAUUUUCGUGCGUGUACUCAUCCUCUGUAAUAAAGUUGAAAUAAAUACUGUGCAAUUUGGCAGUUUCCAAACACAUAAAUAAAAAAACAAGAUCAAAAUAAUUAUUCGAAAGAUUCAUCACUCUCAAAUUGACACCAGUAAAUAACCAUGUCGAGGCGAACCAGAGGGUCCUCUAACAGCACUGAUCGAAGGGAUGAAGGUGGAGUACUGACACCAGCCAAACCGGAGAUUCCGUUGGAUUGGAAGUGUUGCAAGUUUACGGCUUUACCGAGUUGGCUGCAAGACAACCAUUUCCUACUAGAUGGACAUCGCCCUGUCCUUUUAAGUUUUAAGGAAUGCUUCAAAAGUAUAUUUCGUAUUCACACGGAGACAAUGAAUAUUUGGACUCAUCUCGUUGGCAUGUUGCUCUUUUUCGUGUUAACGAUUCAAUUCCUGACGAGGCCAGAGAUUCAAUUGCAAGAAAAAUUUGUAUUCACUGCCUUCUUUGUCGGAGCGAUUGCAUGCCUCGGCUUCUCCACGGUCUUCCACACGCUCCACUGUCAUUCCCGAGAGGUUGCAAAAUUCGUGCAUAAACUGGAUUACGUUGGAAUUGCUUUGCUAAUCAUGGGAUCCUUCUUCCCCUGGGUGUACUAUGGAUUCUAUUGCAAACCACACCUUCAAAUAAUUUACAUGACUGUGACACUGUUUCUUGGCACGUUAGCCAUUAUAGCAUCAAUGAUGGAUACGUUUGCUGAACCAAGGUUCCGACCGAUUCGGGCAGGGUUAUUCGCCGGUUUUGGGUUGAGCGGUGUUAUCCCUGCAGUUCACUACGCCUCAGCCAACGGAUUGGUUCAUUCAGUUACGCACGAUCCGAUGGGUUGGCUAGUCUUGAUGGCAUUUCUAUAUCUUUUGGGUGCAGUUAUUUACGCUGGACGAGUACCAGAACGAUGGUUCCUGGGAAAGUGCGAUAUUUGGGGACAUAGCCACCAAUUGUUCCACGUUUUGGUCGUAGCCGCAGCGUUGGUGAAUUAUCAUGGAAUCAUGCAAAUCGCUAAGCGCCGUUUGACAAGUGGAGAGUGUCGGAACGAAUUGUAGAUUUAGAAAAUAUUCAAUAUGAAUCAUUCCCAGCUGUAUACGGUCAAUAAAAUAAGUAUUUGCAACGUAAUGUUAUGCAGGAUAACAUUUA